UAACUUAUUUACAUUCAACCAGAUAGUGAGAACGUUCAUUGUCAUACAUACACAGAUAAUGCAUGAGUAUAAUGCUUUAAGAAUUAUUAAUGUAAAUAUCAUUCUACUGGCAAGUGUGACAUGUAGGUUCAACCGUUUUAGUUUCGCGUAAUGAUAGUGUAAAACGGAAUUAAACAGGUUAUAUUCAAACAAAAAUAGCACUGAAGUUAAUGAAAAUUAAUAUUCGGUAAAAUGGACAUCAUCGACAUAGCAACCCUUUUAGCCGCCUUUUUCGUGGGGAUCUACCUUUUCGUAAAAUGGCGAUAUAAAUAUUGGCAACGAAAAGGCGUUCCUUACAUAGAACCCGAAUUGUAUUACGGCAACGUCAGAAAAAUGAUCAAAAGAGAAAUCAGCUUCGGUGAACAAUUUAAGGAAAUCUACGACGAAUUAAAGUCAAGAGGCGUGAAACAUGGAGGUGCUUUCGCUCUUUUUACCCCGCUGUACAUGCCCAUAGACCCUGGAAUAAUAAAGUGCAUCCUUCAGAGCGAUUUCAAACACUUCAUGAACCACGGGGUGUUCGUUAACGAGGAGAACGACCCGUUGACUGGACACCUUUUCAACUUGGAGGGGCAGAAGUGGAGGAGGAUGAGAACCAAACUAACACCAACUUUUACAUCGGGCAAAAUGAAGAUGAUGUUCCACACAUUUCUGGCUUGCACCGAGGAUCUAGAAGGAGUGCUGAACGACCACGCCAUUAUUCAGGACGCCGUGAAUAUUAAGGACAUUACAUCACGCUUUACAAAUGACGUCAUCGUAUCCUGCGCCUUUGGGAUGGACUGUAACAGCCUCAAAAACCCGAACAACGAAUUUUUAAAGUUUGGUCAAAACAUCUUCAAUAGCGGCAUCCUAGGUAGAAUAAAGCAACUAAUUGUCAUGCUCGUUCCGAGACAAGUUUUGAUUAAAAUCGGUUUUAAACAGACCAGCAGUGCAACUGAGUCGUUUUUCAUGAAAGUCAUCAAGGACAUAGUAACUUAUAGAGAAAGUAAUAAUAUAGUCAGGAAGGAUGUCAUGUCCUUAUUGAUCCAGAUGAAGAAUAAAGGAAGUAUGUCAGAUGAAGAUGUUGUUAAAGAAAAUGAAGAAAAAGACUCACUGUUGACUAUGAACGAACUCACCGCACAAUGUUUGGUAUUCUAUUUGGCAGGCUUUGAAACGUCGGCGACCACAAUGACAUUUGCAUUGUAUGAAUUAGCUCUAAAUCAGAACAUUCAAGAUAAAUUGAGGGAAGAAAUCUGUUCGGUGCUGAAAAAACACAACGGCAAUAUAACGUAUGAAGCUGUAUCUGAAAUGACUUAUCUAGACAAAGUGCUGAAUGAAACCUUGAGAAAACAUCCUCCAGUUCCAGGAACAAUUAGAGUCUGUAAUGAAAAUUUUACAAUACCAGGAACGAAUGUUGUCAUAAAGGCCGGCACAAAAGUUCACAUACCCAUAUAUGGAAUUCAAAAUGACCCAGAAUAUUAUCCUGAUCCGGAUACUUUCGAUCCUGAAAGAUUUAGCCCGGAAAAUAAAGAAAAUAGGCCAGCAUUCACUUAUCUGCCAUUCGGAGAAGGUCCUAGGAUAUGUAUAGGUUUAAGAUUUGGCCUGAUGCAGAGCAAAGUAGGGAUUCUUAAGAUUAUUCAGAACUUCAUGGUGACAUUGAACGAAAAAACUGCGAACCCCAUGAGACUGGAUACGAGAGCUUUUAUCUUAGGAGUACGAGGAGGUGUAUGGCUAAAUGUUGCUAGAAUAACUUGACUUAGUUACAGUAUUCAAUUAUUAGUACAGAUACCUAGUUGUACCACGCAAGUAUUUUAAUAACUAACUUUUACGAUAUAUCAUAAAAAAGAAUCAGUAACAUACAGUUAAAGUUAGGCUUUUUCUUAAGAAUGUCCAUCUUCAAUAUGUCAACUCAUUCAUGGUUGGAAGAAAUUAUUUAAAAAUAUUAAUGCUUUUAAUGGAAUGAAAGAUAUUCAAUACAAGUAUAGGAAAAAUUGAGUGAAGUUUUUCUUUUCAUAAAUGUGUUGUUUUAAAAAAGGAAAAAAAUAUAAUUUCAAACAAAAGUCAUAGGCAUACACAUCAUGUUUUGAAAAAUAGGUUGACACCCCUACUGGUAGUUAAUUGUACCAAAUUAUAAGCUAUCAUUAUAUUGUGUUCUAGAAAUUAAAUAAAAAUAUUUUCAAAAAA